AUGGCGGGCGUUAUUAAAAAGGCUACCGGUUUGACUGGCAUGCAUGUGGCCAAGAAUCCGCACCACACGCUGACGGCGUUGUACAAUAAGAUCCUGCGUGCUGUCUCCAAGAUGCCUCAGGAUGCUAGCUAUCGACGAUACACCGAACAGAUCGUAUCCGAGCGCGCCAAGAUUGUUGCAACGACUCCAAACGUUCUUGAAAUUGAGCAAAAAAUCAACUGUGGCCAGGUGGAAGAGUUGAUCCAACAGGCAGAAAACGAACUAACACUCGCGCGUAAGAUGCUAGGAUGGAAACCAUGGGAACCGUUGGCCAAGCAGGCACCAGCCACCCAGUGGGCCUGGCCUCCAGCAAAUCUGCCAGAGCUGAAGUAA